GGCGCUUUUGUGGGUUAGGAUGGUGGUGGCCAGGCUGAGUCUCCCAAACCAGAUCCCUGGCAGGUAACUGGGAGCGGCCGCGGAGCUCGGCGGCGGGGGAGGAAUGUGUGCCGCCGACUGAAAGGCAGGUCAGAGGGUCUGAGGUUGGGGUGGCAGCAGUCCGCAGGAAGCGAGGAGAGGGGCACCCUGUGUCGCCGCCCCUCCUCAGCGCUUUUCAGAGGCGGGUGCCGGGUCUGUGGCUCGUCUUUCGGUCCCCGAGGCCCCUUUACCGACCAGGCUGGGCUUGCCUCGCCCGGAGAGGAGAAGAGGACUCUCUUUGGAGCGGUGGUAACGCUGCAAGAGCUUUCCUGCGAGGAUAGCGACCCUCACGGAUUUCUGACAAUGGAGGGGAAAGGAGAAUGGAAAAUAAUGCGAGAUGGACGGGUUUAUUGAGUGUGUGUAUUCAUUUAGAAAGUGUUAACUGGCUAGACACGGUUCUAGCCGGUAGGGAGACAACAGUGAACAAGAGAGGUGCGAUCACCUGUCCUCGUGGAGCUUUCGCUUUAAAAUAGGAGACAGAUAACCACAAAAUUAUCACAAAGGUUUCACUGAAGAACCCUCUUAGAGAUUCAUCGCAUUUCUAAGAUUAAUAUUUACAGUUUGGAGUCGUCAGCUUUCUCAUGAGAUGUAUUUUGGCAGCCAAAAUGAAAGCUUUUUUUGAAGUGCUAGAACAAUUCUACAAGAAGGUACUUCUGGGAGCCACACUUGAAAAUGAGAGCCAGGAAUACAUCUUUUAUCUCAACCCAGCAAUUUUAGCUCAGGAUUGCUCUACAGCCGCUUCUCCAGAAUGCUCGAACCGCCGUGGUGUCCAAGGCAGGCACCAGCCACCCAGCACCACGUUGGGUACCAUUUCCGUAGUGUCUGUGUGUUUGAAGAGACACUCUCCGACGUGCAGCGCCCGAGAAAUCAUGCUCCUUCAGUUAACAGUAAUCAAAGUGAUGAUAACCAGAAUAUUGUCUGUUGAAACUGACUUCCACACAAAGGAAAAAUACAGAGAUAUAAUUACAAUUCUUUUAAAAUCCUCUGACAUCGAUUCAACCUUAACCUGUAUGUUCCAAAACUCGGAUAAAUUGUUAUGUCACAUGGCUGCCAAGUGCCUUGCACUACUUCUGUAUUUCCAAAUGAGAGAAGAGAUAGCAUUAAGUAAUUCCUGGAUUGCUUUUUGCCAGACAAAUCUUUCUGAAUACCCUGAAAAUGAGAAAGCAGUGUACUGCCUCUGGACCCUUACUUUUAUAAUAAAGGAAAUCUUUAAAGACACAUGUUCACAAAAAACAGAAAUUUUAAAGCAGUUCCUGACUCUUUUUGACACUGCUUUUGAAGUUUUUUACAAUUCCUUAUUUUCUCAGCAUUUUGAAAGCUGCCAAGACACCUCUAAAAUAAUAAACAGCUUGAUAUGUUCCCUGGAAUUGCUUGAACUUCUUAUAGCUUCCAGAGUCCAUCUGAAGCUACCUUUCACUUGCCAGAGGAUGUUAUUUUUGAAACCCUCUUGUGUGCUGGGUGUUAUUACCUGGCCCGUUCAGGCUUUUGUCAAAAGGAGGUUCAUCAUAUUCAUCAAAAAGUGCCUUCUCUGGAAAGUGGGUGAAGAUCUGUGUCGGGGAUCUGGCCCUGCCCUGAUGCCACCAGAUCAGCAUUUAGGUGUAGACAUGUUGGCUUUAGCUGAUGCUGUUUUGCAAGCUGUGGAUUUGGGCUUAUUGAGGACAUUGUCUGUCCACGGAAAACCUCCCUUCUUCGGUGGAGAUGAAGUUCAACCUGCACAUGAGCGUGUCCUUGGUCCAGAUCAUGUAAUCCUCAGAGCAGCAAGCCUACUUAUCAUUAAAUCCUUAGAAAUCAAGUUUCAAAACUGUGCUUCAGCAAAUGAAAUGAAAGUUGGUUUACAGAAUUUCAUGGCUCAGUUACUGACCUUCUUAAAGCCUCACCUUCAGCCCUCCCUUCAGCCACACAAUGCAUGUGAGUGGAUCUCCAGGGUCUUCAUAGAACAAGACGAUGACAUGGUGGAAGCUGCCAGAGCAUCAUUGGGCAUCUACCUAACGUUGAUCAGAGAAAGGGAUUUCUUACUAAUGACCAACGGCACAGUGUCACGCUGCCAGUUUCUGACUUGUAUUAUGGCCCUGCUGGCAGUGGCUGCCUUCAGACUAGAAUGUAAAGCUGCUGAAAGCUUGACCCAAGAAAAAGAAAUGUGCAACCAUCACACACAUGAAUAUGGCUAUAAUCCACACUGCGUCUUCUUAUUCUUACUAAAAAAUAUAGGAUUUGAUGCUUCAGUUCUUCUUGACUUUUUGAUUUCAUCGGAAACAUGUUUCCUUGAAUAUUUUGUUAAAUAUUUAAAGUUACUACAAAAAGACUGGACUGACUUUUUCACGAUCUGCAAGUAUUUUGAUGUAACCAAAUCUAAAGACAACAUAAAUAUCUGUGCUUGUAGCCCCUCACUUGUCCAAGACACGAGCAGCAACCAAACAGAACUGAGACCUUCGGCUGCUCUUGGUAAUCACAGAAAUGCCCGUGCUUCCGGCUGCUGGGUUUCUGAUGCCUCUUCCAAACCUCUGAACCAGCUUGUGAUGCCCAAGGAGACCCCCGCCACGCUCCUGGCUGAUAGCCCGUCUCCCCCACGAGCUUCUCAAAGUCUGGUAGAUUAUGACAGCUCUGAUGAUUCUGAGGUAGAAGGCACAGACCGGCGUUCAGCAAACGGUAAACAAGUAUCUUUACACCAAGAAGCAGUGAAGAAAUUUCAGGACACAGUUGGAACAAGUGGGGAUGAAAAAGAAGUGAGCCUCGAGCCUCAGUCAAGGCCUCUGGUUCCCAAACAAUCUAAUAUUCUCUUCUCCGUUGAUUGGGAUACAGUCCCGAAUAACGUCUCUGAAGUGGGACUGUCUUCCAAAACACUGAAGUGCUUUGAGGAGCUACAAAGUGCUGUUUACCGCUUGCAGAAGAAAAAUCUUUUCCCGUAUAAUCCCACAGCACUUUUAAAGUUGUUAAAACGUAUCGGGGCAAUAUAUAAUGAGAGUAUGAACGCCUUGUAAAACGGUAGCACUUUAUUUCCAGGAGCUGUUUUUCCCUAAUGUAAAUUGUGCCUUAAUGAGAUAAUAGUAAAAAAACAACAAACAAAAAACCAAAACACCCUCACAAGCAUUCUCUAAAUCAAGUCUAUCUUUUUGUCCUUUCCAAGUAACCUAGUGACUGACAAAUAUACAUCAAAUGCCAAGUCACCUGAUAAAUCACUUGAAAUUUACAGGGUUCAAAUUUGGGUUGGUCAUUUUGUUAGGUUGCUAGGGCUGCUGUAACAAAUUACCACAAAACUUGGUGGUCCAAACAACAGAAAUCUAUUCUCUCAUAGUUCUGGAGACUAGAAGUCCAUAAUCAAGGAGUCAACAGGGCCAUGCUUUCUCUCAAGGCUCUAGGGAAGAACCUUCCCCGCCCCUUCCUAUCUUAUGGUGAUUGCUGGCACUCCAUGGUAUUCUUCAGCCUGGAGCUGUGUCCCUCCAGUCUCUUCCUCUGUUGUCACAUGAGGUUUUCCCUGUAUGUGUCUAUCCAGUUUCCCUCGUACAAGGACACCAGUCAUUGGAUUAGGGUCUGCUGUUGUGUAGUAUGGGCUCAUCUUACUACAUCAGCAAAGACCCUAUUUCCAGAUAAGGUCACAGUCACAGGUUCUGGGUAGGUGUGAGUUCUGGAAAUGACACUAUUUAAUCCAGUGUUAUUUGUUAUUUCCCUCUGAGGUAUUUACAUGUAAUAUGAUACAUAAGAACUUAAAAUCUCAGUGACUAUCUCUGUAUAUGUAGGUGUAUGGUCUGUUCUGUGAAAAGGAGUCUAUUCUUUAAAACACAUUUUUCAAUCACUAGAUAAUACUUCUAUUUAAAAUCGUUGUAAGGUGCCCCUGGUGCCUCAGUCGGCUAAGCAUCCAACUUGAUUUCAGCUCAGAUCAUGAUCUCACAGUCAUGAGAUAGAGCCCUGUAUCAGGCUUAGUACUCAUUCAGGUGGAAGUGGAAAGAUCAGUGGAACUAAAAAGAGGACUGCUAACUGAGACAGCAAUGAGAUGCUAAUGUUAACCAAAUACAAGUGCAGAGGUCAAGGGGUGCCUGGGUGGCUCAGUUGGUUUCACCCCAGGUCAUGAUCUCAUGGUUUGUGGGUUUCAGCCCCAUUUCAGGCCCCACGCUGUCCGUGUGGAGCCUGCUUGGAUUCUCUCUCUCCGCCUCUCCCCUGCUUACACUCUCUCUCUCAAAAUAAAUAAAUUAAAAAAAAAAAAAAGCAGAAGUCAGCAAGUUUGGUAACAGUUGGUAUACAUUGGGGCAGUUUCUACAUAAUUUAAAAAGCAUAUUAAAGAAUGUGUAUUCAAAGAUGUACGAUGCACAUUGUAAAAAAAGCAGAAAUACCUGGUUAAAUAACAUAUAUACUCCAUAGAAGACUUUAUACUUGUGGAAACAGUGGGCUAUAUCCAUGUUUACAGAGAUGAAGUAUCUGCAGGAAAAAACAAGUGAAUAUAUAGGGCUCCCAUCUGUUUAAGAAAAGGGGACAGGAGUAAUGCACCUAUACAUUUAUAUAUGCUUUUGUGUGUAUGAAACAUUUAUAUAAGAAAGUCCUAACUGAUUGCCUCGGGAAACCAAUCCGAAGGAGAUUUGGCUUCUCGUUGUAUAUCUUUUUUUACUCUUUUAUUUGUUUGUUUUUAACUGGGUGCAUAGUUUUAUUUUUGUUGUUUUAGUGAAAGUAACCUUUUAUUUAAGAAAAGCAAAAAACAAACUGGAUUCUUUAUGCUCCUAAAGGUACAUACAUGUUGAAUGCCUUAAAAGACAUGCUUAUACUGUUGUGGUUUUGACCUACCAGUGUUUCUCUAUAAAGUUAAUAAGGAACCAUCAGCCCCUUGUUAGACCUAAAAUGAGGGAAGAGGCCAUCUUCUAUGUAUACUGAGUGUUGGUAUUUCAGUCUCUGACCUUUGGGUGUAAGUCAAUUUGUCAGACACUCAUGAAGUCCUAUCAGUGGUCAAGGUGACUGAUGUUGGCUAUCCUUGGCCAUUCAGAGUAUCCAAGAGCCCUUCUGAAUUAGCCCAUAAACGAAGACCAAACUAGUGAUGCUUGGCGUGAUGAGUUCCCAGCCUGUAGCUCCACCUCUUUAAGUGAACACAUAAUGUGUCUCCAAGAAAGCACAAAGUAUCAUGAGUCUAAUUUAUUUUUUUAACUAGAAAUAUUAACAGAUAUAGCAAGUUCCACAUAUAAGUGUAUGGCUUGAUAGAUUUUCAUAAACAGCAUACCUGUGGAACCAGUAACGACAUCAAGAAACUACUGGCACCCCAGAAGUCCUGCUGGGAUCCCCUCCUGGUCACUGUCCACUUGUAACCAUCCCAAAUUGCAACAACAUAGACUAAUUUUGCCUGGUUUUGUUUUUUAUAAAGGGAAUCAUUAAGUAUGUGUUCUUUUAUGGCUGGCAUCUUGAACAUUAUUUGGAAAUGUGUUCAAAUUUGGUUUUUAAAUAAUUGCCAAUGAAGCGCCUUUCAGCUAUUAUUAGUAACAAAAUACCUUUAACCCCUCAAAAUUGUCUUGGCAUUCCCAGCAUGCUAGGAUGGUGAAAUUGACAAACUGGUUGAAACAAAAUACAGACUCAAACAGGUUAUGCAGGGCCUUGUGCAAUUGGCCCCAACCUGCUUCUCCAGCCUCACCUGUCGGGUCUCCCCCCACCCACUGUCUUAGCAGCACAACCUUUUGUCGUACAUAAUUGUUCAUCAAGCCCCAUCUUAAAUGUCGGGUCUGUGAAGCCUUCCCCUACUGUUCUCAACCAUUAGAUCUUAACAUGCUUCGUAUUCUCUUCACUGUGCUCUUUCCUGUAUUGUAGGGUUUGUCCCAUUAUAUUUUAAUCCUUAGUCUUCAUUUGCCAAGCUCCUUUUACAUAGUCAUUUGUGGAUAGCAUCAUGUCUGUGCCAUUAUAUGUCCCACAAAUGCUGACUAAAUGGGAUAGAGCCCUCUCCAAGGACUUGAUAAUCUCCUGGAGGAGACAGGUGUGAAGAGGCUUUCCUUUAACACUCACAUGGCACUUCCUAUGCCAGCCACUGUUUUAAGGGCUCUAAUAAUACUCGCCAUUAUGUUGGAGGGCAGGUACUAUUAUAAUCCUUGUGUUGCUGAUGAGAUAAGUAACCUGUCCAAGAUCACCCAACUGGUAAAGUGGCAGAGCCCAGAGAAUGGAUCGAGGAAGUUUGGUUCCAAUGUCCUCAUACUGUUCUCCACGAUCUCAUGCUAGAAAGGGAUAUUGGGGUCAGAUCAUCCACGACCUUCAGGGCUAUGCUAAGGAGUUUUAAUGGUUUUAUAGGCAAUGGAGAGCUAUUGAGGUUUUUGAGUAAAUGACUGGUUUUGUGUUUGAAAAAAAAAAGGUGACUUCCAUAGCAAUAUAGUAGCUAGGCGGACAAGCAGCAAGAUUAGAAAGAGUCCUGCAGGAGUCCCACUGGAGUCAAGGGCAGUGGAAAUGGCAAUGAGGCAGCAAUUCCUGGCUGAAUGCCUGCAUCCAGCACUCUCUCUCCAGAGACCCACUACAACAAGAGUAAAGAGGCAAUGAGACACAAGGACUGACUGAGCAAACCUUAGAAAACCAAAUUCUUGGCUGCAAUGGAGAAAGUUGAGCAUCCUGAUUACCAGGUGAAUCUCCCUGAAGACAGGAGUAUCGAGCAUUGCACUGUGUGCCAGGGGAUGGUUGAUUGAAAGCCUAUUUAAGAAUUGCCUCUAGACCCUCUGUCCAAUUUCAUGUAGCUAAACCAUUGUGCUCUCUCUCAGGUAUGUAAGAGGCUUAUUUCCCUGAGAGAGUGAAACGGGUACUUUGGACUAGGGAACACCAGGCACAGCUGAGGAUAGGCAUAUCACACUGAAAAUGGAAUUAAGUAGACACACUGAAUGUUGAGAACCUCUGUUGUCCCCAGCCUUCUCCCCCACAAGACCAGAUACCGCUUUACUGAGGAAUCUGACCAACCCAAGAAAAAAGACCUAAAGCUAUAUGGGAAGGUUCCCCAAAGAAAUUUCUCACCAAGUCACCCUACUCUGAAGCCCACAGUCACAAACCUCACCCAAAUGCAUAGACCUUCUGAUGGGCAUUUAAAUGUUCAACUCUUAAGUAUGAGUGAACAGCCAAGGAUCAUCAGGCAUUUGGGGAAAGUCUCUAACAUGGAAGAGAGGGCCAAAACGAACUAGACAGAUUAAGCUGUUAGGAAGUUAAUCUAUGAAUAUCCUCAGAGAUAAAUGGUUAUAGAGGAUAUUACACUUAAAUUUUUUUUCAUAUAAAUGAAUAAUAUGAUAGAAAUAAGGGGUGCCUGAGUGGCCCAGUUGGUUAAGCAUCCGACUCUUGAUUUCAGCCCAGGUCAU